CGAAGCGAUGACAUUUAUUCGCGAGUUUGUCGAAAAUAUACAUUAACCGUGCAUUGUUUCGAUAAUUACUUUAUAUAUAAUCGUUUUUUAAAAACAAAAAAUUCAAUAUUUUCGAAACGAAAAUGUGCUUUAGAUGAAUUACACUCGCGGAUGUAUUUCAGGCAUCGAUCCAUAUGAACCUUCGACCUGCGGACUGUUUUUUCUGAUUCGACAGUUUUUACCGUAGAAUGCCUGAACAAAGCAAUGACUACAGAGUGGUGGUGUUUGGAGCGGGCGGUGUGGGUAAAAGUUCGUUGGUUUUACGAUUUGUCAAAGGAACAUUCAGAGAAUCCUACAUACCGACCAUUGAAGACACAUAUAGACAGGUGAUAAAUAGUAACAAAAAUAUCUGCAAUUUGGAAAUUACGGACACUACUGGUUCACAUCAGUUUCCAGCAAUGCAAAGAUUGUCAAUAUCUAAAGGACAUGCAUUUAUAUUAGUAUAUUCAAUAACUUCAAGACAGUCUUUAGAAGAAUUACGUCCUAUUUGGGAGGUAAUUAGAGAAGUUAAAGGAGCAAAUGAGCUACCUCACAUACCAAUUAUGUUAGUAGGUAAUAAAUGCGACGAGAGUGAAAAUCGUGAAAUUUCUCAAGCUGAAGGCGAAGCGGAGGCGGCUCAGUGGGGGUGUCAUUUUAUGGAAACCUCCGCCAAAACUAAUUAUAACGUAAAAGAGCUCUUCCAAGACUUACUCAACUUGGAAAAAAAUCGUAACAUUUCGCUGCAACUAGAAAAAUCGCAGCGUACCAGAAAAAUCAGAGAAAAAUGCUCAGUUAUGUAACAAAUAUAUAUAUUUUCUAACGUAUUUAUACCUAACCGUGUAUAGUUUUACUUGAAAAAAAAAAUCCAAAAUCCUCACACACACACACGAAAACAUGAAUAACUAUUGAAAAAAAAAGUGUUGUAAACACCAAAAAAUAUUAAGUUAUUAACAAAAUUUAUAACGUCGUUUAAUCAGUUUUUAUUUUUGUAAUUUUCAUUUUGCAUUAAUUUUACAUAGUUUUAUUACGAUUUAUCAUGUGUUUGGUGUUACUUAUACUCCAUGUACGCAUUAACUAUUCUGCUCUUUUUCGUUAUUCUAUAAUUUUUCUUUUUCCUCUCUCAAGAAAAUCUGUUGUUGACAUUUUUGGUUUUAGAUCAUCUACUUACCUACAUCUUACACGAGGCUUUUUUAAAUUGUUUUUAUCGUUGUUUUAUUGUUUGUUUUUUUUUGGUUUUUGUUUUUUCACUUUAAAAAGAAGUGGUGCGUAAUCGUUUGUUGACUGGGGAAAACGGUUGAAUUAUUAUCGAUGUGUUACCAAUUUUCAGAUUUGAUUUCACGAUAAGAAGAAUUGUGUUUAUGUAAAAAAUAUAUGUCUAUAAGAUUCUUAAAUGUUUUGUAUGUUAAAUACCUGCGGUAAAUGCGAGUGAUAGAAACUUUUACAAAAUUUAUUCAAUUUUUUUUCUUGCAUUUUGUUGUGAGCAUUAAACUAAGUUUUUUAUUAUUACUAUUAUUAUACUAAAUAUUAUUUUAAUUACGCGUAUUUUGUGAUUUUUUGCGAGAUUUAUAUUAAUAAUUAACAUGAAGAGCCAAGCUGCGGAUAUACUAUACAAAAAUUAUUAUAACUGGGAAUUAUUAUUAUUUUUCUUUAUAAUAUUUUAAAGGCUACCAUUUUACUUGAUAUGGAAUAUUUGAAAAAAGUAAGGCGUUAAAAGCUCAGGGAACGUAUACCUAUAUAAUGAUACCAUUUCCAUUUCUGUUUUUGACGCAUUUCGGUCACACACCUGGUUUAAUGUUAUUAUCCAUUGUGAAGAUGCCUUUUUUUCGUUUAUAAAAUAACGAGUUUGAAAUUCCAUACCUACCCGGCGUUUAAUCUAUUUUGAGAUCUGUCGAUGUAAAAAAUUGAAUGAUUCAGUUUUUGAAAUAUUUUAUAAUGUGUGAAUAGUCAUAUCAGGUAGAUGCUAUAUUUUUUUUUCUUUUUUCUAGAUUGUAUUUUUGUAACAUUUAUGAAUUUUAACGAUAAUAUCUUACAAAGUGUUCAAGUGAGCACCAAAAGCGGUGUCACAUCGUGAAACACUAUAAAUGGAGAAAAUUGCUUAAUAAUUCACCAUUUCACAUAAUUAUGAAUUCGAUGUUUAAUGGAAUGUAAAAGUAUUUAAUCAAGUAAUGAUUUUCGUUAAUGAAUUUUAGUCUUAUUCAAUUUGCUCAAGUGAACUUACGUAUUUUUAUGUAUUUACAGUGUAAGUAAGUAUUCGAAACAUUUAAAACACAAUUAGGUACUUCUGCUUACCUCACAUAUAUGUACCUACUUAAGUUUAACAAAAGGCAAUGACACGGAGAAAUAGCAAUAGGUACCUAAAAUUUUAUGAAACCACAAAAAUCAUAUUCUGGAAUCCAAAUCUCUCUUCGCGAAUCUACAAGAUUACCACUUAUGCUACUCAAAUGACCAAAUUUUAAAACGUUUCACUUCAAUGAAUGUAUAAUUAAUUCAAAGUGCAUUCUUACGUCUCACGUCUGUUUACUUACUUAUUUACUUGUUUACAUUUCAUAUUCUUAAUCUUCCAUUUCAAUCCCCCAUUUUCAUUUUUUACUUUCAUUAUUUGCAAUGAGAAAAUAAAUUUUUCAGACUUGUUUUGAGACCUGCGGCGCUGAAAAGAGGAUAUAUUUAAACUUACUUAGAAUUUGAAAUUUUUCGCAUAGAAUAAUGCUAUUUGUUGUUAACGGUCUAGCGAUUUUCUUUUCUUUUUUUAUACGAUACUGCGAGUGUUUACUUACCUGUCAUAUAUUUUGUAUCGUGGUUGUUUUUUUUUGUUUUCCUAUGAACCUUAAUGAAUAAAUAUAUCGAUUUUUCGUAAGGCCGAGCUUUUACGAAAAAUUUUUGAUCAGAAGAUUGAUAGACCUACCCAUGUAGCAUACAUUAUUUUGAAAAUUAGGAAUCAUACUUCAAUACUUCAAUGGUUCACAGUUACCAUUAUGAUAGAUAGCGCUAAUUUUAUUAAAUGAACCAACGAUUUCAUUUUUUCAAAAUGAAAACCACGAUUUUGGCAUUUGUCAAGUACCUAUACAAAGUAUACAAUAGGUAGCUGUAAAUUUUUGCUGUAAAUCAAUUUUUUUAAAAAAUGAAAAAUAAGAAGUUUUAUCCUUUUUUUUCAGCACGGAUUAUUUAUUCGAUUUGGUGGUGCUUUAUCAGUUUUGAAAUUUCUUUUCAGCACUCACCUGUUUCUGUUCCUAAAUUUGAAUGAUGUCGGUUUAAUUUAACAAAUUAUUUGCUUAUUUUAUUGAGCUUCAUCAUAAUAAAAUGUUAUUUUUAGUAUCUACUUAUAUCAUUUUUUUUGGAAAAAGAAUUUCAUUAUGGGUGACCAUUUGAAAAUCAUUUUUUUAUUGCAUAUUUUUGUUUACGUGUACAGGUAUCCAUUUAAUAGGUACCUAUAUCUGAAGUAUCGCUUAUAGAUAAACUUGCCUGUAAGAUUUGUGUCUUUAAAUUCCGAUUUAUUAUGUAGGUAUUUACAUUAACUGUAUUUUUUUUUUUUAAGCAUGAAUAUUUGUUGAAGUAAUCUUCAUAUUUCCUCAUUCAUUGAAUAGAUUGCUGUAUACAUGUAUAGGUACCACAAAUAGAAAGCAGCAAUUUAUCUGAAUACAAUCUAUCAUUUUUUUCCUUUCUUCCUUCCUUUUUUAUUUCAUUUUUUUGUAAUCAAAAUUUUAGACUUGUAUACUUUCAAAUUUGAAAAAAAUGAAGAAAAAAAGAGUAAUACGGACACCAUAAUGUGAGGUGAUAAUUCCUUUUUUCUGAUCCUUUUUUUGCAUUAAGAGCCGGAUUUUUGAGUCUUUAUCUUUAGAUUUGCAAAAUCACAAAAUUGUUUCAAGAAUAACCGUGUUUCGUUUCUCUGUUUAUUUACCAUUCUACUUAUGUACUUCAAAACAAAAACAACCUUAACUUUUCUUCUUUCAGAUUUAGUCGAUUAAAAAAACAAAUAGGUACAUAGAAGCUUAUUAAGUCAUUUUUUGAUUCCCAACUACUGUAAUUUUCCAUCCCCCCUCCACAAAAAAAGGUAGGUAGUCUGAAACCAGAGGGUAGAGAAUACUCGUACGUCUACACCUAUAGUACCUAGGUAAAGAAUGAACCAAAACUAAGGAGUCCAAUAAUUGGAAAAGAAAAAACUCUCUCAGAGUUUUUUCUUUUCCAACCUAGUACCUACCUUGAUAAAAUGUAGUAUUCAUAUUUACCCUUGAUGGAAAUUUUCGCCUCACUCUACGGUAUCCAUGAUUCUCUUUAUAUCUAUCUACAGCAUUCUAGUUUUUAUUAUUUUCUAUAGGCUGGAUGCGUCAAAAAUAUUCGUACUUUUUAUAUAAUAUUUAUAAUUAAGCUUUUUUCUUUAUUUUGUUUUGUAUUGUAAGAAUAAUAUUAUUGUUAUUAAUACGUUCUACCUUACCAUAUAUGUACUACAAAUUUGAUUGAAUUUUAUGUUGAUUUGUACGUUUUACAGAAUGAUGUUGAAUAUAUUUUAAAUCAAUGUAUAUGCAGACUGUAAAUUGCUGUUUAUUAGAGAUAUUGUUUGUUACUUUCUUUUUUUGUUUUGUUCUCAAUAUUGUCGGUAGAAUACCGGAAUUUCGUUUACCCUCUGACAUCUCCAUUUCUCUGCAUGAAUAUAAGUUGAAAUUGAUUUAAUACAAAUGCUUACAUCUUGAUAUGGGUAUUCGAUAGGUACUUACGGUAGGCACAUGGAACAUGAAAAUUACAUUUUUGGUGAAAGAA